AUGACACAGGGUUGGUUCCUCUAUCUGUCGGAGCUGCGGCUGCAGUACUCGUUCGUGGCGCGCGCGCCGGCCGCCUCUGAGUCGCACGUGACGGCGCACACCCUGCCGCGCUGCCUGCUGGAGGAGAACUGCACGCAGGAGGUGACCUUGGCAAUCACCGCUCACGUACCGGGCCAGCUGACAAUCCGGGGAUACGAGUUCACGCUCGCUCUGGCUUCGGCGCCGGCCGAAACAGAGGCUGCAGACCAAAGCCAGAGCGCGGAGGCGCCGCUGUCGGUGCGCGGCUGCCAGCCAAUCAACGUGCGGGGUCGCCGGCUGAACGGCACCAAAGAGGAGCGCGCCGCCGUGAUGUACGCCGAGGAUAGACGCCUGCAGGUGGUGGUGGAGGAGGAGGCGGCGCAGCCACAGCUCAGCCUGCGCGGCCUGCCCACGGCGCUCAUGUGCGGCCAGCUGCACGCCCUCCAGCUGCGCGUGGCCAACGCCGGCCGCCGGCCGCUGCGGCGUCUUCUGCUGGCCACGCCCGACCCUCAGCUGCUGGUGCUGGAGGCCGAGCCGGCGGCGGAGCCCGCGUCGGAGCAGGAUCAGGAGAAGGAGCGUGGCGGCCGGUCGCUGCUUCACAUCGACACCGUGCCGCUGGACGGCCAGCAGGGCGGUGUACUCGGCUCGCCUUCACUGGAGUUCCUGCUGCGUCACCACUGCCAGCCGCCGACGCCGGCGGCUGGCGGUCAGAUGGAGCUCCGCCGCGCCGCCAGCCUAGAGCAGGCCGUCCGGGUGGAGGCGGCCGUCCUGCUGCUGUGGCGGACGCAGGGCGUGGACGCGGCCGGUCGCGAGACGACGCUGCACGGACAGCACCACGUGACGGUGGACCUGCUGGGCGCCAGUGCUGCCACCUAUCCGGCGCCGGCGGAACCCGAGCCUCGGCCGCCCGUCACCAUCAUCCCGGCGCCGGCGGCGCUGCCGCCAGCCGCGCAGGCGCCCGGCGCUGACGUCCUGCGCCAGCUGGUCAGCGUGGUGCCGCUCCACCGGCCGACCGUGCAGCACGACUUCGACCGCAAACGGGUGUGCGUGAUUCCGGUGACGAUGCUGCUGCAGAACCACAGCGCCUGUGACCUGGUGGUGCACCUGUCGGCCGUGUCGGCCACCACGUCGUCGCCGCGCUCGCCGCUGCCGUACUCGUCGCACGUCUCGGCCGAGCUGACCUGGGUGGGCCGCACGCACCCGCACAUGACGGUGGCGGCCGGCGGCUCGGCGCGCCUCUCGCUGGCCGCCGCCGUCACCCGGCCCGGCCUGUACGACCUCGGCGCCGUGGGCGUGGCCUGCCGCCCGGCGGACGACGCCGACGCGCAGCUCACAGAGCAGACCGCUCGCGUCGACCUGUGUAGCGACGAUGUUCAGGUGAGGCGCAACAAGAACUGCGAUUUUCCCGUGCGACGGCGCUGCCCCAAGCUGCAGGUGGUCAUAGAGGCCCAGCACUGGAGGUAG